CUUAGUAGUCUAUCGGCCCCUCAAAAGUUCUCCAUUGGCCGCGGCAAUGGCUUUGUGUUGGAUUUCCAUUGCCCCUUCAAACCACUACCACAACUCUAUCAUUAUUCAAAACCUCAGCCUCACACACUCAUCUCCACCGCCGCAUAAACCCAAACCACCCCAAAUUACCACUUCGGUCUCAACACUUUCUUCUUCUAAUCCUAUUACAGAAAGCAGUAGAUUUCCAGUUGUUGUGAGCAAAAGAUUAGUUAAUCUCGCCAUUGUCGGAGAUGUAUUAUCAAGAUUCUUGUUUUUCUCUAAGGCACUGGCCUCUCAGUUACUGGAGCUUCAACAAUACACUGAUCCCAAAGAAGGAUUCACUCUUCUUAUACCCUCUUCCUGGAUUAAGGUUGAAAAGGCGGGGGCAACUGUUUUAUUUGAGGAUUCAGAAAAGAAAUCUAACAAUAUAGGGGUAGUGGUGAACCCAACUCGGAUUUCGAGUCUCGGCGAAUAUGGAACUCCUCAGUUUGUAGCAGAUAAACUUAUCCAGGCUGAAAGGCGUAAGGAAAGCACAAAAGAAGCCGAGGUAAUUGCUUUCUCCGAGCGAUCAGGUCACAGAGACCUUCAAGUAUACGAGUUUGAAUACAAGGUUGAUAGCACCAGGGGAGGGUUGAAGAGGGUCUUUUCUGCUGCAUUUGUGGCAUCUAAGAAGCUCUACCUUUUGAAUAUUGCUCACUCUGAUGGUUUAGAUGACCCUCUGGAUAUGGAGAGAAGAAUGACUCUGGAACAAAUUUUGCACUCCUUUGACGCUGUAUCUGCGACCUAAACAAAAUAGCCCGAUUCUUGAUUUCCUUUAACUUGUCUUGGAAAUCAAGGUAUGCUGCCCCAGCUUCAGAUUUUCAAUUCUCUCAUCACUGCUUGCAAACCAGUUUGCCAAAUUUGCUUUUGUCAUUUAUGGCUUGUGUUUCAGUAGGGUGGAGUGCAUUGAAGUGGUUAACUACUAAGAAAAAAAAAGAAAUUAAAUUAUAAUCCAUUGUGUUGUCCACUUCGCACCAAACAUGCACUUAGUACAAUGAUUUAUAGUACUGGUUUUGCAUACAAUGUUCCUUGAAAUCAUCUGUGUAACGCGGUCAUGCUGCAAUGUAUUCUUCUCCAGGUUUAUGCUGUAUCAAGAGAUAUAAGGGAUUCCAAUUUCAACCAUAUGGCCACAAAUUUCUACUUGAAGCUCAAAAUCCCAUCUUAAAAGCCAAUAUAUAUUCUUCUCUCUCAACUUUGUAUGUAUAAUUUAUUGGGUCAAUUAGUGGAUCUGCUGUUUAUGUGGGCAAAACCAGAAGCCAGUUUUUUUUUGGUAGCCUUUUUACAAAUUUGUUGUACUUGAACAGUCUUCAUCUAGAGCAAAUAUUAUCUAAUCAA